CCCUCAGGAUGUUAGUUAAAAUUACAAAUUACUCUCAUAGAUUUCCAAGUAGGUUCAGCAAAUGGAACAAUCACCUACAUUUAGCCAAAGGCACUUCCUGCUUGUUUAAAGACAUAUAAAACCCCUCGUACCAACAUGUUUUCCAUUGCAUUAAAACAAAUGGAGGAGUUACCAGUCGCACCAAAUGAGGGGAUAAGCCUCUCGGCUUUCCGAAGCCCAUUCUCAGUGAGUGGGAAAGAAGGCUGCAAGUACAGCUUUGAUGGCAGCAGCUAUCACUACAGUGACGGCAACAGCAUGACUUCUCAGAGGUCCUCCCAGAUCCUGACAGGCUUCGACACUUUGGACGCCGCUCCAAACUAUGACUUUUAUGCCAACACAAACGCCCCGGGUAGGGCACGUCGAACAAGACCUUCCCUCUUCCAGCUUCACUCGAAGAUUGAAGAUGAUUCCUUCCCGCCUCCUCUGUAUGAGGAGACCAGCGCGCACAGAGAAGCUGGAGACAGCUCCGAGGAGGAGGCCGAGGAACCGCUGUCAGAGCCCACCAGGUUUGGAUGGGUGAAGGGAGUCAUGAUCCGCUGCAUGCUUAACAUCUGGGGGGUGAUCCUGUACCUGCGGUUGCCCUGGAUCACUGCACAGGCUGGGAUCGGUAUGACCUGGGUCAUCAUCCUGCUGUCCUCCUGCAUCACCGGCAUCACCGGCCUGUCCACGUCUGCCAUCGCCACCAACGGGAAGGUCAAAGGAGGUGGAACCUACUUCCUGAUCUCGCGUAGCCUGGGGCCAGAGCUCGGAGGAUCCAUCGGACUCAUCUUUGCCUUCGCAAAUGCCGUCGCAGUUGCCAUGCACACUGUUGGCUUUGCCGAGACUGUGCAGUCGUUGAUGCAAGAGAGUGGUACCAAAAUGGUGGACCCCACCAAUGACAUCCGCAUCAUCGGAGUGAUCACUGUUACGUGUCUGCUUGCCAUCUCUUUGGCCGGGAUGGAGUGGGAGUCCAAGGCACAGAUUGUCUUCUUCUUUGUCAUCUUGGUGUCAUUUGCUAAUUACUUGGUGGGGACUUUUAUGCCCGCAACGCCUCAGAAGCAAGCCAAGGGCUUCUUCAGUUAUAAAGUGGAUAUAUUUGUCGAAAACUUUAAACCCAACUAUCGUGGGCUUGAAGGCAGUUUCUUUGGCAUGUUCUCCAUCUUCUUCCCAUCAGCCACGGGGAUCCUGGCAGGAGCCAAUAUCUCUGGAGACCUAAAGGAUCCUACGGUUGCUAUUCCAAGAGGAACAUUGAUGGCUAUAUUCUGGACCACUGUUUCCUAUAUUAUCAUAGCAGGAACUAUUGGAGGCUGUGUGGUACGGGAUGCAUCUGGAGGAAUCAAUGACACUUUGUCUAAUAACAACGACUGCCUGGGUCCAGCCUGUAAAUAUGGCUGGGACUUCACUGCCUGUAUAAAAAACACAUCCUGCCCUUUCGGUCUCAGCAACCAAUACCAGACCAUGAGCAUGGUGUCAGGGUUCGCUCCUCUGAUAGCUGCUGGGAUAUUCGGGGCCACUCUCUCCUCAGCACUCGCCUGCUUGGUCUCUGCGCCCAAAGUCUUCCAGUGCCUCUGUAAAGACAACCUGUAUCCACUCAUUGGUUUCUUUGGGAAGGGUUUCGGGAAAAACGAUGAGCCAAUCAGAGGCUAUGUUCUGACAUAUAUCAUCGCAAUAUGCUUCAUCCUCAUUGCUGAGCUCAACACUAUCGCUCCCAUCAUUUCCAACUUCUUCCUGUGCUCCUACGCUCUCAUCAACUUCAGCUGCUUCCAUGCCUCCAUCACCAACUCUCCAGGCUGGCGUCCCUCUUUCAGGUUUUACAGUAAGUGGUUGGCCCUGCUGGGGGCUGUGGUGUCUGUCAUCAUCAUGUUCCUGCUCACCUGGUGGGCGGCUCUCAUUGCUAUCGGCAUUGUGAUCUUCCUAUUGGGAUAUGUGCUCUACAAAAAACCAUCUGUGAACUGGGGAUCUUCGGUGCAAGCUGGGUCAUACAACAUGGCAUUGUCCUACUGUGUUGGUCUGAACCAGGUCGACGAACAUAUCAAGAACUACAGACCCCAGUGUCUGGUCCUCAGCGGGCCACCCAGUUGUCGACCUGCACUGGUUGACUUUGUUGGAACAUUCACCAAGAAUCUAAGCCUGAUGAUGUGUGCCAAUGUUGUCACUCAGGGAGAGCCUUCUCCCUCAGCCCUCAACGCUUCCAGGAACAGCAGUCAUGUCACCUGGCUGAACAAGCGGCAUAUCAAAUCCUUCUAUCACGGUGUGGUGGCUAAAGACCUUCGCACUGGGGUUCAGAUGUUGCUCCAGGGUGCCGGUUUGGGUCGGGUCAGACCGAAUGUUCUCAUGAUGGGUUUCAAAAGGGACUGGCGCAGGGACACAUCAUCUAGCAUUGAAAGCUAUAUUGGCAUAAUACAUGAUGCGUUUGACCUGCAGUAUGGACUGUGUGUGUUGCGCAUGAAGGAAGGUCUGGACACAUCUCGGUCAGCACAAGCACAUGUUAACCCUGGGUUUGAGGCAAGCCCAAAGAGGGAUGUCAACGCCCCUGCACCCCCUGCCAAUUUUUCAUUGGACCCCGAUCCCAUGGUGACUGAGCCUCAGCCCUUUACUGUGUUCCAGUCCAAGCAGGGGAAGAAGACCAUUGAUGUGUACUGGCUCUUUGAUGAUGGAGGUCUGACAUUGCUAAUUCCCUACCUGCUCAAACGUAAGAAGCGCUGGGCAAGGUGCAAGGUGCGCAUCUUUGUGGGCGGAGAUAUCCAACGGAAGGAGGAACAAAAGACAGAAGUCAAGGACCUCAUCAGCAAAUUUCGCCUUGGUUUCCAUGAUGUUGAGGUUCUACCUGAUAUCAAUGCAAGACCACAACCUGAACAUGUGAAGAGGUUUGAGGACCUGAUAGGACCCUAUAGACUAAACCCAGACCAGAAGGACUGUGAAGAUGGCCAGGACAACCAGAACUGUCCCUGGAUGGUAUCUGAUGAGGAGAUAGACAGAAAUAAGACCAAGACCCUUCGACAGAUUCGUCUGAACGAGGUUCUUCAAGAUUACUCAAGGGAUGCUGCCAUAAUUGUUGUGACCAUGCCAGUGGGAAGGAGAGGCCAAUGUCCCAGUGCUCUGUACAUGGCGUGGCUGGAGACUGUGUCUCGUGACUUACGCCCCCCGGUCUUAAUGGUCAGGGGAAACCAGGAGAAUGUGCUCACCUUCUACUGUCAGUGAUUUUUUUUUGCUAUAAAAGUGGAGCUGUCAAGCCAAAACGGAUCUCACUAAAACUAUGUCAUGCAUGUGCCACAUGUCACCAAAACCACUAGAUUUCAAACAUGGACAUUCUUGGCUGAGGUAUGAUUUUGAUUCAACUGAUAUAUUAUACACCUAUAAACCUAUAUAUUAUACACCUAUAUUACACAUCCAGACCAUAAUGUAAAGUUUCAUUUUUUGUGUGCAAAAGUCCCAGACUGGAUCUGUAACUAUUUGUUAUGAAAUCAGCAUAGUUGAGGAAAAUAAGACCUUUUGUCUAUAUUGUUGUCUAUAAUCAUUAAGCAGUGUUCAAAAUAUUUUGAUUGUUAAGUGUGAUUGGUGAUACAUUUUUAAAGUUAUCGGUAAUUUUUUAUAGUCCUACAUUUCGGUGCCUGUUUAGAAAGUUAAUGGGAUAACUAGGCUGCUUGUAUUGAGUACUCUAUUGAAAACAUUCCCACGUCACAAUAAUCAUUUCAAACCAAUUCAAAUUCAAAUAACUCUUUAAUUUUGUAGCUUUAAAAAAAUAAACACAUUUUUGUUCAAGCAACAAUACAGUUUUGUUUCAUAA